GUUGCUAUUGUUGGUGACAUUGCUUCAUCACUCAAGGAGUACAUGAACUUGAAAAAGAAACCAAGUGGUCAAGAGAUAUAUGAAGUGGUAUCAACAGUUUUGGGUCUUUCUCAACAAGAAAUAUUCAAGGCAGUGCAAUUGUUAUUAAAUGGUGAUCCUGAGCAAUUUUAUUUGCUAAAAUCACUUCCUGAUGACAAGAAAUAUGAUUGGUUGGCUUUCCUUUUAAGUGUAGUUGGUUUCUCUGGCACAAGCAGUACAUGAAAUGGUAUGUUGAAGCUUUCAAUUUAUUAAUCACGUUGAAGGUUCUAUAAACAUAUAAAUUAUAUUUCUCUAUUAUCAGUUCUAGUUUUUGUUUUUCUGGAUUGGAGCUACCGUACAGUUGAUUAGCUAUAAAAUAAUAUUGUUGGAUUGGCUUGCAUAUUGAUAGGUUUAAGUGGAAUGAGCUUUGUUUACUAUUAUCCUGUAUUCAGGUUGGUGGAAGGGUGGGUGUUUUAAACAUGAAAUGUAGUUGUAGAUAUGAUCAAACAGUGAAUAUGUGAUUUUGCAAUGGAAUUAAUUGGAAAGCAUAUAUCUACUUAGGUUGCACUUAGCCAUGGAAUUUCCUGUAAUUUAGUGUCUGCUUACGGUUGGGAUUAUCACAAUCUUUAUUUUGAUAUAAAAUAUAAGCUGAAAGUUUGGGUUGGAAUUGGGGGCAAUAGAUAUGAAAGGCUAAUUGUGUUAAUAUACACCCAGUAUUUGAGAGAGGGGGCCAUUUUGUAAGAUUCUUUUUGGCAGUUGAUUAGCUACAACCUUGUGCUAGCAUUAGUGGAAGUUGUUUCUUGUUUGCAAAAUGCAAUGAAGAGUUCAGCAAUGUUAUUUAUAUGUUUAUAAAACCUUCUGUACGGCAUAUUUAUAUUUAUAUUUCUCUAUUAUCAGUUGAUUAGCUACAACCUUGUGCCAGCAUUAGUGGAAGUUGUCUCUUUGGCAUUUCCAAGUUCCAGAUCUCUUACUUCACCUUUCAUAAAGGUUUCUGCCACUCUAUCCAGCUUCUCUAGUAAAGCAAUUUAAGUGCC